AUGUGCAAACAACGAGUCAUCUCCACUAAGAUUAAAGAUGUGUACAAACGGCCAAAUCAGCGCAUUGUAUGCAUACUUCACAAAUCGUAUCAUGCUGGUAGAAUGAAGUUUGUCAGCUAUCCCGGUGUUAUGGAGCAGAAAGUUGGAUCAAGUCACAACUGCCAUAGUACAAUGAUGGCUAUGUGUGAAUGCCGCAAAAAGUCAACCUCAAAAGACCACCAAUCUACAAUGACCCCAAAUACCAAGAAUCAACACAAUUUAUGGUCGUGGACCUCAGCCCUGACUAAAUAUCUUGAAGAGCGCCACAGCAAGUGUCUAGGACCGAUUGAUGGAAUUAACCCUUGA